GGCGGAGGCCCGGGACACGCCGGAGCAGGCCGCGGCGCCGCCCCCGGGGCAUGUGAAGUGGGGCAUCCGGCGUGUUUCCGGGUGGGGAGCCGAUGCCACGCUCGCCCGGCCGACUAAGCAGGGAAUGACCAUGCCAGGUAAAGGGAAAAAAGAAAAAAGCCGGGGCCGGUCCCGAGGGAAGAAGCAGAAGAAGCCGGAAGUGGACAUCCUCAGCCCGGCCGCCAUGCUGAACUUGUACUACAUUGCGCACAAUGUCGCGGACUGCCUGCACCUGCGGGGCUUCCGCUGGCCAGGGGCUCCCAAAGGGAAGAAGAAGACUUAAGUGAUGGAGUUUGGGGAACAGGACUGCGGGAGGAGGAAUCGGCUAUACAAUGAUUGCUGGCCAGCGAGACUUUACUGCAGACAACAUGAAGUGCAAGCCAAGUGCGUCCC